AUGAUUUCCUUUCAUAGUGAACUUGACAAGCGGCUUAAGGAGGCUGGGAAUAGACUUCUUAACCCUAAUUUCUCCAUUGAUGACUGCCUUACUCUUCUUGAUGAAGUUGAAAAUUUGUUAUCAUACGUGGAGCAAGUACCAUCCAAAUUGAUGCGAGAUGCACUUUUUCCCUUAGUAAAGGAUUUGAUUAAUAAUAAACUUUUGAGACAUGCUGAAAUGGAUGUGAAGGUUUCAGUUGUAUCUUGCAUUAUUGAGAUUACAAGAAUAACAACACCAAAUGUCCCAUAUAAGGAUGCGCAAAUGAAGGAAAUAUUUCAAUUGAUUGUGGCAACAUGUGAAAAUAUGUCUCAUGUGUCUACUCGCUCUUAUAAGAAGGUGACGUCAAUUCUUGAUACCAUUGCAAAGGUCAAGUUAUGCUUGGUGAUGUUGGAUCUUGAGUGUGAUGCAUUGGUUGUUGAGAUGUUUCAAAGUUUCUUGAAGAUGAUUAGGUCCAACCAUCCACCUACUGUACUUUCAGCCAUGGAAACAAUUAUGAGUCUUAUCAUAAAUGAAAGUGAAGACAUUUCCUUGGAUCUUCUUAAUUCACUUUUUGCUAUUGUAAGAAAGGCAAAUCAGAAUGUUUCACCUAUCUUGUGGACAUUGGAGGAGCAAAUAAUCACUAGGAUUAAUGCCCAGCUAGAAAAGAUAAUGGCACCCACUCAAAAACUACCCAGCAAGUUUGAGGGUGCACAUGAUGUGAAAGUUGAAGUUGUUGAACGUGCUUCUGAUCAACCCUCCACAGUCCUUGAAGAUCUACAUCUUGGUGAAGUCGAAGAGGUUAAAACCACAGUGCUUCCUAUGAUUCAUAAGGUUUAA